GAGCCGGAGCCGGAGCCGGAGCCGGAGCCGGAGCCGGGGCUGGGGUUGGAGCUGUACCAGUACGGCUCGCCUCGGCUACAGCCACCAGCACCGCCACCGCCGCUGCCUCCCGGCCAGGAGCAGCUGGACUCCCCCGCCUCCGAGCUGGGCCUCAUCAUGAGUGCGGUGCACUCGGUGCUGGACGGUCAGGGCGCCGACGUGGCGCCUCCGCCGGCGACCGGCGCCGAGGCGCCGCCGGCCGGCGCGGCCGACCUCUUCAGCGACGCGGCGCUCCAGCAGGCCAUGGGCAUCACGGACGAGGAGAUGGCCAUGCUGGAACAGCUGGGCUCGUGCCAGCAGCAGGAGCUAGUGUACGACAGCGCGGCGCCUGAACCCGGGCCGGCCCUGGUCGUUGCGUUCGAGACGGCUGACGCGACUCCGGCUCCGGCUCCGGCUCCGGCUUCGGCUCCGGCUCCGGCUCCUGUCGAGCCCGCCGCCCCGGUGUCGGCCCCGGCCGUGUUGGCCAGUCCGGCCGAGCGCCGCCGGGCCGAGGAGGUUCACGGCGAGUUCGAGUGCACCGUCUGCGAGCUGCGCUUCCUAGGCCGGUCAGCACUGCGCCAACACCUGAUGUGGCAACACCGCGCCUCCGCCGACAAGGUGGACAGCAAGACCGAGCAGCACAUGCCACUGCGGGUGGUGCCGCCGGUGGAGCGGGUCGACGCGUGCCGCGUCUGCGGCCAGCUGAUUGCCGACCGGCUGCUACUGACGCUGCACAUGGCCGCCGCGCACGUGCCGCGCGCCGCCGGCCAGCGCGACCCGGCUGCCGGCCAGCGCGACCCGGCCGCCGGCCUGCGCGACCCGGCCGCCGGCCUGCGCGACCCGGCCGCCGGCCUGCGCAGUCAGAUGAGCAGCGCACUGGGCGGCCUCCUGGAGCGGGCGCUGGGCGGACGGCUAAGCGGCGGCCGGGCCGGCCUCGCGCGGGCAGAGGCGAAGGGUGUGGAGCUGGCGCCGGCGCCGGCCUCCGAGGCCGACCCGGCCGGUCGCCAAAGCCUGCCGCAUCCUUGCCACGUCUGCGGGCAGAGGUUUCGGCUGGCGAGCGGGCUCGGCCGCCACAUCGCCGCCGUGCACAGGGACGUGGAGCUGGACCUGGCCCGGCUGGGCGACGUCAAGAAGUGCUCGCUCUGUGGCGUCAUCUUCGAGAACGUGACGUCGCUGUCGCUGCAUGUGCGCAUGGCGCACCGCGACGCCGGCCUCGACCGACAACACCUGGUCGCGCUGGCGUCCCAGCCGGCCGCCGUCGCCGCCAGCCGCGUCCUCUGCCCUAUCUGCGGCGAGAGUCAGCUGAUCGCCGGCGCCGCCGGCCUGGCGCGCCACCUCGCUCUGGCGCACCGCGGCUGGCGCCUCUCGCUCGAGCCCGUGGACGGCGAGGUGAAGUUCACGUGCCGGCCGCUGGCGAGCUCGGCCGCUGCCGUCGUCAAGCCGGUGGUGUUGCGAGGGGCGCAAGACGAAACGGCACGGCCCAGAGGAGCCGCUAGCGCGGGCGACUCGUCCCUGCUCGAUAUAUCGCACUGUCGGCCGCCGGCGACAGUGGCCGCCGACGCUGCGGCCACUGUCGGCGACGAGCAGCAGCAGGGAGACUUCAUGUGUUCCGAGUGCGGCUUGGCCUUCCCGGCACCGGAAAAGGUGAUGGCCCACAUGGAGGAGGAGCACCCACUGGUACCGUCUCGGCCGGAGAGCGACACGGAGGAGAAGGAGGCUGGCGGCGCCGAGCUGAUGCUGAUGCCUCACUGGGCCGAUGCUGAUGCCUCGCUGGGCCCUGCCGUCUGGACGACGUUCUCAGACGGCCUGAUAGCGUCUGUUCCGUACGUGGCGUAG